AUGAAAAUAAUUAUCACAUUCAAAAUGGACUCGAUGCAAUCAAAACUUAGUGUUACACAUGCGAUGGCAUAUUGGGGUAUAUUUAGAGAACCACGUGGUCUACUUCGAUUAUUACAAUUCGUUUUUGCUAUAUUUGCUUUCGCUACGGCUGUGAAUGGUACAUCAUAUUUCGUAAUAGAUACUGGCCCCAGUAGUCCAGCGAUACGGGCCGAUUGGUCUUACCCAUAUUCGUUAGGCAGUGUUGUAGUAAAAAAUGCACUCAGUAAUAAUGGAACGCUGUAUUUAUCGAGUUCAAAUGGAAUAAAACCAUCAGCAGAAUUUUUUGUAUUUACCGGUGUUACAGCAUUUUUACUAGCAUUAGCUGCUUGUAUCAUCUAUGUAUUUCUGGAUGUCAAAUAUCGACAAGAUGAACGUUUGCCAUCAAUUGAUUUAUUAAUUACAGUUGUGUGGAGCAUAUUUUGGAUUGCUGGAAGUGCAGGCGUCAGCGAUAUUAGAACACAAACAGAUUAUGAUACUGUUGUUGCUCAAAUCGAUAGUUGUAACCCAUCAGCAAAUUGUACCCCAGUGAUUGGUGGCUCAUACGCCAACAUUAUUGUGUCGGUUAUAUUUGGAUUUUUGAAUUUUAUCUUAUGGAUGAGCGCUGUCUGGUUUGUUUAUAAAGAAACAAAAUGGUUUAAAAGUCGUACCGCUCAACGACAUCAACAAUACCCACCUCCUCCUCAGCAACAAUCUUAUAUACAAGAAGGAAUAGGAAACAGGCCUGUACCAGGCAUGGGUGACAAUAGGGCGUAA